AUGGCUUCUGCUGUUGAUUCUCCCCUGGCGCACUCGCCUUCUGCCCAUCCUCCCCAACGACCUCGAGGCAUCCUCAAGAACUCGUAUCGGAAAUCUCCUCCCACUUCGCCGAACCACGAUCAACCUGCCAGCGACAAGGAGCUCACCAUCGCCAACACUCAGAUCAACGCCGGCCACCGACGUUCGUCCUCUGGAGCUCGCCCUUCUGGAUCCCGCCGACAAUCAGGCGCCAACAGUUCCAUCGGAGACGCUCUCGAACCCUCCCAACGACUCAAGUGGGACGAGGCAAACCUCUACCUCACGGAGCAGGAGCGCUCCUCUACCAUGAAGAUCACGGAACCCAAGACUCCCUAUGCCAAACACUACGACCCCGCCGAGGACCCGUCGGACGAAGACGAGGAUCCUCUGGCGGACGCUGGUGCUCGUCUUAAGAAUUCACGUCCAAGCCGUGAAGAUGACAUUCCGGGCCUUUCGCUGGGCGAACCGGAAGAGGAGAUCCCGGAAGCGGGCGCGCCGUCGCCCCGCAGCGAAAAGAGCGUCCACGUCGACGACGAGAGCAGCAUCGGGCACAACGCGGAGGAGGAGCUGGCGGGCAUGUCUCCCGAGGAGCGUGAGAAGCACAGAAAGUUUGAACAGCUUCGAAAGAGACACUACGAAAUGAAAAAUGUGGCCCAGCUCCUGGGCCACCCCGAGACGAUCCAGGAUGAGGAUGAGGAUGACGAGGGUGAGGUGCCGCCUGUGCCACAGGUACCGGGCGUGCCCAACGGUACUGCGUAG